CUGAUGUCCUUAGUGCUUCUCCUGCUCCUAACAGCCAGGAAGAUAACAUUCUUGAAGACCGACCUGAGAAUAAAUUAUCAAGUGAUAAACUGCAGUUUGAAUAUAAUGAAGAGACUGCCAAACGAAUAAAGAAGGCUGAUUGUGCUACUUACAGUAAUAAAGGAAAGGUUUAUGACAUGGAGCUGGGUGAAGAAUUCUAUCUUCCACAAAAUAAGAAGGAAAGCAGACAGAUAGCCCCAGAGCUAUCAGAUCUUGUAAUUUACUGUCAAGCUGUAAAGUUCCCUGGCUUGUCAACUCUCAACCCAUCUGGCUCUAGCAGAGGAAAAGAAAGAAAAAGCAGGAAGUCCAUUUUUGGCAACAACCCUGGCAGACUGAGCCCUGGGGAGUCAGCUACUCUUGCCAAAGCAUCUGGAAAAGGUCCUUUCGAUGUGAUGCGGCAGACCUGGGAAGAUCCUUGCUCUCCUUACAACUCUCCAGCUUCGCUCAGUGCUAUCAUACGGACGCCCAAGUGCUAUCACAUCUCCUCCCUGAACGAGAACGCUGCCAAGCGUCUGUGCAGGCGGUACUCUCAGAAGCUGAUCCAGCACACCACCUGUCAGCUCCUGAGGACCUACCCCGCUGCCACACGCAUCGACUCCUCAAAUCCCCAUCCGCUGAUCUUCUGGCUCCACGGCGUACAGCUUGUGGCUCUUAACUACCAAACAGAUGAUCUUCCUCUGCAACUUAAUGCAGCGAUGUUUGAGGCUAAUGGCGGCUGUGGAUAUGUUUUGAAGCCUCCUGUUCUGUGGGAUAAAAAUUGUUCCAUGUACCAGCAGUUUUGUCCGUUAGAGAGAGAUCUUGAUAAUAAAGAGCCAGCUAUAUAUUCUUUAACAAUUGUGUCUGGACAGAACGUCUGCCCCAGCAAUAGCACAGGCAGUCCGUGCAUUGAAAUCGAUGUGCUGGGGAUGCCUCUGGAUAGCUGCCAUUUCCGGACAAAGCCCAUUCAUCGCAACACUCUCAACCCCAUGUGGAAUGAACAGUUCCUUUUCCGGGUUCACUUUGAAGAUUUGGUCUUUCUUCGGUUCGCAGUUGUUGAAAAUAACAGCUCAGCUGUAACAGCUCAGAGAAUCAUUCCCCUAAAAGCUCUCAAAAGAGGCUACAGACACGUCCAGCUCCAUAACCUGCACAACGAAGCAUUAGAAAUUUCUAGUUUGUUCAUAAACAGUCGGAGAAUGGAAGAAAGUCCCUCCGGGAACACUCUGCCUGCAUCUGUGUUGUUUAGCAUGGGCGAAAGGAGAGACGCUGUGACUUACAAAGUGACAAUUCAUGGCAUUCCAGGCCCGGAGCCUUUCACUGUUUUUAACGUAAGUGGGGGGACCACGGCUGCACAGCUCCUCCAUCAGCUCUUGGCUACCACAAAAGGCACCGAGUCAUGUGCUGCAGACUAUUUUCUGAUGGAAGAGAAAAGUUUUAUAUCUAAAGAAAAGAGUGAAUGCAGAAAACCACCAUUCCAGAGAGUAAUUGGUCCUGAAGAAGGGCUAGUGCAGCUUCUGAACAGUUGGUUCCCAGAAGAAGGCUAUGUUGGAAGGAUUAUCUUUAAAACCCGAGAGGAAAAUUUGAACGAGAGAAACAUCCUUCAGGAAGCGAAGGAAGAAGCAGCCAUCGGCUCUGAGGAUGACAGCUUCUUUGUUCAGGUACACGAUGUCUCCCCAGAGCAACCACGCACCGUCAUCAAAGCUCCCCGCUUCAGCACAGCUCAGGAUGUCAUACAGCAGACUCUUUGCAAAGCCAAAUACUCCUACAGCAUUCUGAGCAACCCAAAUCCAAGUGAUUACGUGCUCUUGGAAGAGGUGACAAAAGAGCCAGCAAACAAAAAGUCCUCGACACCUAAACCAUCGCAGAGGAUUCUCUCUGAUCAAGAGUGUGUCUUCCAGGCCCAAAGCAAGUGGAAAGGAGCAGGAAAAUUUAUCCUUAAACUCAAGGAACAGGUUCAGGCAGCACGAGAUGACAAAAGGAAAGGCAUUUCCUUUACCAGCGAGCUCAAGAAGCUAACCAAGUCGAGUAAGCAGUAUCGGGGUUUCACGUCCCCACCGCUACAGGUCUUGCCCGACAGUCCCCAGAGCAAGGACGAGAGGUCUGCCUGCAGCCUGACUUUCAGCGACGUCCUGGAGUGA